GGGCUUGUAAUAAAUGUUGUAGCUUUUGAGAAUACCUCUGUAAUAAAUGUUGUAGCUUUUGCUGAUUAUAAAUGUGAUGCAUUGUUCCUUCCCUUGCUUGCCUCUCUUUUUUUUUGCAAUAUGGCGUUAAGCCCUGGUACUCCCUCUCUUGAAGAGGGAACGUCCUUCAUUCGGGCCACCCCACCUUGUUCUUUCCUUAUGGCCGAUUCGCUUUCUCCCAGCUUCGCCACCGCUCCGACUGCGGUUGGGAAGUGUACUUAUCCCGAUCUGUCUUCUUUGAGUGAGGAUUCUGUCCAGAGCCCCUUCCGCCGGGAGCCUGAUCCAACAGGGGCUGCGCAGAAGUCUGGCCGUUUGGUGCGCAAGGUGGGCACGAAUGUGCGUGCCUACCUCAAAGGCUUUCGUCGUGCUAACCGGAAGAAGACGAUCAGUGUUGACCUCAAAGCGCAGCUUGCGGUCGACCAUGAGGCUUCCUCAGUAGAUUCUUCAUUUUCUGAAGAAAUAAACGUGUAUUUUGAUCAUUCGGGAAACAGUGCUUCACGUUCUUGUGUUUGAACAAUGAUGUAUCGCUUUUUUCGCGUAAUAAAAUUGCUUGCGUGCUAUGUUUUCUUCUUCUUCUUCCCCCCCCCCCUUUUUUUUUACCCCAAAGGGCCCUAUUGCGCUCGUAUCCUCAGCAGGGCGGCGAAAGGUGCGUCCUCAGCAGGACUAGUGGUCGUGG